AUGGAAACUCCGGCAUGGGUCAAACGUUUCGAGGAUGAAUCACAAUCAGGACUUUCUUCAUGUGUCAUUCCAUCAACUUCCAGGAAGACCGAAUCGUCGUGGAGUUUUGGCAGUCUCUCAGACCAGGAUCUGAGAUCCCUGCACCACUCGAAUACUUUCUCAAAUGAUUACUGUGAUGGAUUGUCCCCGGAAAAAGAAUUCCCCUGCCUACAGAACAUUCAGUCCGAGUGUUCGUUGGCAGAGAAAGAAAGACGAAAAAAGAAGAGAAGACGACAAAUUGAUGAAACGUCUGGAUAUAGUACAACAUCUCUGAGUGAAAUGUCGGAGUUCGAAACUUCCGCAAAGACAGGAGAUCGUCGGCGUAGUUCAACUACACAUCACUUGUACGUUGGGAAAAGGCGAGAGUCGCCAUCUGACAAUCGUAGCGAUAAAAGUAGGCGUGAAAGUGCAGUUUCAAAAUCACAUUCAAAUAGACAUUUAAAUGAAAUUUCCAAAGGGUCAUCCCGAACUGAUAUGGAGAGAACAGGACACAGAAUUCCGAGAGUUCCUUCAACUGCGGAAAGCAUUGGCAGUUUAAAUAGUGGUCGGAGUGCGCGGAGCAAUCAUACCCACCGAAGCAAUCACUCUAAAUCACAUAUACACACUUCACAGACGAAACUGGCUAGUUCAGUAUCUACAGAACAUAACCCUUUUGCCUUUAUACAGCCCGCUCCUGAAUCUUUUAGUUCUCGUUUUCGAAAAACAAUGAGACCCUGCAUGGGGGUAUUGAUUAUGCUCAUAUUAGCUGCAAGUCUCGGAGCUGCCAUCUACUUCGCGAUUGAACUAAAAAAAACACACGAAGACGAAAUAGAAAUGUUACGUGCCAAUUUAGCUGUAAAAAUAAAGAAUACGCGAUACGGCAAAUCAUUGGAUGAGUUGAUGCAAUCAGACUUCAAAGGGCUUGCAUUAGACUAUUGCCAACAGAUGGAUCGUUAUUAUCAACGUAGUCAUUUCAAAACUACAUACAGAGGGUGUGAAGUUAUUUCCAUCAAGAAUGAGCACAUCAACUUUACCCUUUUCUUCAUGGAAAAAGAUGCGACAAAAAAGGAUAUUAUAUCAGUAAUAGAGACUGCCUCACCAAGAGUGGACAAAUCGGGACAAAGUGAUGCUGUGGAAGAUAAAUUUGAAAUAGAGCUAGAAAAUGUUAAAAUUAAAAUAGAACAUAAAAGGACCCCUGUUUCAUUUAAUAAGUUGAGUGACAUAUCUACUUCUGAAUCGGAUAAUGCUGCUAAAGACACUGCAAGUCACAAAGAGGAAUCCUGGCCUUCCUCAGAUAGAGACAGCAAUGGAGAGAAGGCGAUAGUAACUACAACCACUACACGACCGACGACAGUGACUCCAUCCAAAACAGAUUUGGCGUGGACACCUUGUGCCUUUAAGGAUGGCUCCUUCUAUCCACAUCCCAUAGUGUGUAACAAAUAUUUCCAGUGUGAGCACGGUCAAUCUCGACUCCAAACAUGUACAGGGGAUUUACUGUUUGACGUAACUUCGGCGGUAUGUGUAAAGGACAGGGCUAACCUGGUCUGUCCUAAUGCAGCUGUUGCACCACCAGCGCCACCGACCAGUCCAGUUAGAGUCACGACCACGACCUCCACGUUUUCCACAACACAAGCGACAACUCAAGAAACACCACAUAGUGACACAGAUCGGAAUAACAGUUCAAAGACGUCAUCAAUAUAUCCAUCACGACCAGCUUAUUCCCGAACACCUUGUAAGAAGGGAACCCCCGGCAAACUUUUCCCUCAUCCGGACAACUGUCUUAAGUUUAUCCAAUGUAUAAGUCCUAACAAAGGCGUUGUCCAAAAAUGUGCAACAGACUUAGUGUAUGACCCGGAAGCCAUGGCUUGUAUUUUCCCGCGGAACCUCGAACUGUUGUGUCCUGAUCUUAUUCCGUGUGACGGAAUAGUCCGCGGAUAUUUCCCACAUCCCUACAACUGUUCUAAGUAUAUUCAGUGUGAGUCGGGAACUGAAGUGAUCCAGUCCUGUAACGUUGGUCUCGUGUGGGAUCCGGUGAUUAAUUCCUGUGUAUUUAGAACUCCGUCGAGUAUAUGUCCAAACGCCACGAAACCAGUAUAA